AUGAGGCAGCAAGGCAUGUCGCGCGACUCGAGUCUGGCGCCGCUGCCGGUACACGUGGUGGACGAGCCACCGCUGGUGGAUGAGCCAGAAGGGUUCUACAGCGCGGGAGCGGAGGAUGGGGGUCCGAUUGCGAUAGACUUCGGGUCCUACGAGGUGCGGGCCGGGUACGUGGCGAACAAGGAGCCGGCGCUGGUGUUUCCGACGCGGCUGGCGCGGUACCGCGACCGCAAGGCGAGUCGGACGUACACGUUUGUGGGGCGGGACACGGGCCUGGACGCGUCGAUCCGGACGCAGAGCCGGAGCCCGUUUGACGGGCCGAUGGUGACGAACUGGGACUACGUGGACGACAUGCUGGCGUACACGUUCCACCACCUGGGGGUGCGGGGGGGCGGCGGCGUGCCGAACGCGGUGGUGCUGACCGAGCGGCUGGCGACGCUGCAGUCGCAGCGGGCGAACUGGUACGAGCUGCUGUAUGAGGCGUACAACCUGCAGGAGGUGACGUUCGGGAUCGACAGCCUGUUUUCGUUCUAUGGGGAGCGCGGGCCGGGGAGCACAGGGCUGGUGGUGAGCAGCGGCAACGAGGACACAUGUGUGGUCCCGGUCGUGGACGGGCGCGGAGUGGUGUCGGAGGCCAAGCGCAUCAACUGGGGCGGGCAGCAAGCGGUGGACUACCUGACGGGCCUGCUGGCGCUGAAGUACCCAUACUUCCCGACGAAGCUGUCAGGAAGCCAGUUUGAGACAAUUUACCGCGAGCACUGCUACGUGGCGGAGGACUUCGAGCGCGAGAUCGACGAGAUUCUGCAGCUGCCGACGCUCGAAGCGAAGAACGUGGUGGUGGAGGCGCCGUUCACCGAGGUAGUCCAGGUCCAGAAGACGGAGGAAGAAUUGCGUCUUCAAGCCGAGAAGCGCCGCGAGACAGGAAAACGGCUUCAGGAGCAGGCGCGCCAGCGGCGCAAAGAGAAGCUGGUGCAGAAGGAGGAGGAGUACGAGUACUACCUGCAGAUUCGCGGCCAGCUGGAGGGCCAGCCUAAGAAGAAUAUUUUGGCCACACUGCAGAACGCCGGCUUUGACGACGAAGAUGACUUCAACAAAUACAUUACGAGCUUGGAGCGGUCGCUGAAGCGUGCGCGUGUACUUGACGCAAAUGAGAACGAGGAGGAGCCUUCUAGCACCGUUCCGAACUUUGAUCUUGUAAAUAUCCCGGAUGAGGAGCUGAACGACGAGCAGCGGCGCGAGAAGAAGAAGCAGCGGCUCAUGAAGGCCAACUACGACGCCAGGAUGAAGGCGAAGGAAGAGAAGCUGGAACAGCAGAAGCGGGAGGAAGAUGCGCGUCUGCGCAACGAGCAGUGGCGCAAGGAUGACCUUAAGGGUUGGAUCAAGGAGAAGAGGUCGCAGCUGACAGGUUUGAUGAAAGCAAGAAAGGAAAAGCUAAAGAUGAAAGAAGACAUGAAAGAUCGCAAGUCGCAAGCCGCCCAAAAGAGAAUGAAGAAUAUAGCAAGUUUGGCAGAAGACAAUACAUCGAACAACAAGAGAUCAAGGCAGCAGGCAACGAUUGAUAACGAUCCUAACGAUACCUUCGGUGCCAACGACGAUGACUGGAUGAUAUACAACGAUAUAUCCCAGAACCCGGAGGCAUUGGACGAGGCCCUGGAAGAGGAGUAUAAGGUGAUCGUUGAGAUCGAGAAGGAGUUGUUGGAACAUGAUCCGCAUUUCACAGAAGAAGAUACCCUUGAUGCACAGUAUGACUGGAGAAACUCUACCUUGCAUUUGUUCUUGCGCGGGCCCCGCCCUCACGACAGUGAAAAUAUACAUGAGCAGCACCAGAUGCAUAUCAACGUGGAACGUAUUCGGGUACCCGAAGUGAUAUUCCAACCGUCCAUUGGCGGGCUGGAUCAGGCCGGUGUCGUAGAGCUUUGCGAAACAGUCCUGCUCAAGAAGUUCGAUUCUAGCAGACGAGCGCUCAGCGCUACCUGCGAGAAGAUGGCAAAGAACGUUUUUAUUACAGGUGGUAAUACAAAACUACCUGGUAUUAGAGAGCGUAUUGUCCGCGAGUUCACGGGUUUCCUCCCCGUUGGUACGGAACUAAAAGUCACAUUGGCUAAAGAUCCUUCCCUCUCUGCUUGGAAGGGUAUGGCAAAAUUUGCCAGCGACCCAACAUCAUAUAAGUCAUCUAUCCUCACGAAAAGAGAGUAUGAAGAAUAUGGUCCAGAGUACAUAAAGGAGCAUAACCUUGGUAACGCCAAGUUUAUGGACUAA